ACAGUUUAUUUUAGAUGACAUCAAGUUCGAAGGUAUGCGCCAUUUAAUCUUCGUGAAGAAAGACCAAUUGAAACUCAUCCGUGAGUCCCGUAAUUGGUUCAUUGGGGGAACAUAUAAGAUGGUUUCACACCCGUUUGUUCAGUUGAUCACCAUACAUCGUUUUGUGAGGUCGGGUGACAAUUCUAAACAGGUGCCGAUUGUGUAUAUGUUGUUGUCAAGGAGACGCAGGAGUGAUUAUAUCAAGGUACUAACUUGUUUGAAAGAACAUUUGGGUCAACCACAGGUGGAAGCUUUUAUGCUCGAUUUUGAUGCCGAUAUAUGGGAAGCUGUACGACAGAUAUUUCCGGGUAAAAUUAUGAAGGGCUGUAACUUCCAAUGGUCAACACAAGUUUACAGACAGAUCCAGAAAGCAGGGUUAUCAGCAGAGUACAAGAAGAAGGAGGGUAUCUACCGUUGUCUACGCAAUUUCAUGUGUCUUCCAUACUUACCGACGGGGCAUAUCAAGCCAUCCUUCGAGAAACUGCGAGAGUUUGCAGCCGGUGCCACAGAACCCGUGAAACGUGUUAUUUCUUACAUUGACACCGCCUGGAUUUCUAGUGCGCAAUGGGGUCCCGAGAACUGGUCGGUCUAUGGUCAACAAGUUCGUACUAACAAUGAUGUGAAGGGGUGGCAUAGCAGAAUCACUGGUAGGGCUGGAUGGUUCAAACUCCCAGUGUAUGACCUUACUGAACUACUGUUUAAAGAAGCCAGAUGGGUGGAUUACGAGAUACGUUGUGUGAGCGAGCACAUGACUUCAAGAUACCAAAGAAAGAAAUAUGUGCAGAUAAACAAAGAACUGAGCCGUGUAUGGAAUGAUUAUGCGAAACAUAAUAUAACGACAUCCGGGCUACUGAGGGAAGUCAAUGACAUCACCGGAACUGGACGGUAACAAAACCGGAAAUAUCUACACUGAGUGAAGUAGUGGAAUAGACAGUGCAGAGACUUUGAGCAUUUUUAUUGUUGGGUGUUACACUAAUUUUAGUCCUCGGACCUUACGAUCAUGCUCUAACAAGUUUUUAGUGCAAAAUAAGAUAUAAUGUUCAUGCAUAUGUUUAUGUAAAGCCCGACAAUGCAUUUUGGUAAUAGCUAAAACGAUUUCUAACUGAAUAUGUGUAAUUUUCCGUAAUAGCCUCAAGCGACAUGUCUAUGAUAUGAUUUAUAUCAGCUUCCUUUGCAUACAAAACUUUUCUUUUGUACACCCCGAAGAAAAAUGUUUUUAAAAAAGUAUGUUUUCAGUAGCGUGUUACUUACAUGACUGCUCGUGCUGUAAGGACUAUUUUUUUCUUCGGAGUUAUUUGUACUACGAAUGUUAAGAUAAGUCCUUCAUUUCAUAUGUGCUUUAGAAAUAUUUGAGAAUAUUCUGUAAUUUUCUGGAUAUUGCUAGUGCUUUCACUAUUGCCAGUUCUACAUGUAUGAUUUGUUGUAAAUAUGGUGUUGAAUAUGUUCU